GAGAGAGAGGCGGGCUGGGCGCAGAAGGACGCUUUCUUGGCUCCUUCUUCCAGAGAAGAGCCAAGAGGCCAAGUCUCCUUGGUGGGGGUCUGCAAGAGGGUCAAAGAGACCCCUUUGUUUUCCCCUUUGGUUUGGUUUGGAGGCGAAGGAGCCAAGCCUUGCGGGAGGAACUCAGCUGAGCUGCAUUACUGGCAAUCGGAGCCCGCCCGGCGCCGGCAGAAUGAGCCAGGCUGGGCUCCUGCGCGCCGCCUCUCUCCUCCUCCUCUUCUUCUUCCUCUUCUGUGUUUCGUGGGGUCCGAGAUGAGCCCCCCGCCGGGCCCGGAGGAAGCCCCUCUCUCCCGCAAGCAGCGCCUGAUGGCUGCCGUGGAGGAGGAGGAACGAGGAAGAGCCUCCACCAACGCCUUGGGGUCUUCUCCUCCUCCUCCUUCUCCUUCUCGGGGGUCUCCAGACCCCUUACUGCGCUGCUUCGUCUGCGGAGGCGGCAUCCGGAGGGGCAAGGAGCUCAGGCUGCAGGUCCAGGCUCCCCGAGGCUCUUCUUCCCCCUUUUUCCCCUUUUUGCGCCACCAGGACCCGGCCCCGGGCGCCCAGGCGGUGAGCGGCGAAGGUUUUGCCCUGGUCUGUGCUGUCUGUCGCUGCUUCUUGACCGAGCAGUGGGACGCCUUCGAGAGGAGCCGCACCCCCGUGGAGAAGAGGCUCUACUGGCUCAAGAGGCCCCACCAAGGGGAAGCCGGCCCCCCCGGGGGACCCUCCGCGGGACCCCAAGACUGGGACUUCGAGGGCGGAGAAGAGGAGGAGGAAGAGGAGGAGAAGGAGACCCCUUUCCUGGACUCUGAGCUGUCCUCGCUUUCCGAGACGGAACCCCCUUGGGAGGAGCCUUGGGGCAGAGAGAGGAAGGUGGGACCCACUCAAGGACCCACUCAAGGACCCACUCAAGGACCUCAAGACAAGAAGGAGAAGAAGAAGCCGCAUCUUCUCUUCUCGAGGGACGGAGGAAGAGGACGGAGCCAGGAGGAGAGCGAAGAAGUCGACAUCGCGGAUAACAAGGCCAUGAAUGGCUCUCGAUAUCCGCCGCUGCCUUCUCUGCCAUCCACGAGCGAAGUGGCCUGCUAUGUUUGCGGGACUCUUCUCCCACCGGGCGCCCGGCAUCAGCUCCACGUCCAGAAGCAGGAACAGGCCUCCGGUGCGCCAUUCUUCCCCUUCUUGUGGCUCCACACCCCGCCACCGGGCGCCCUGCCCAUCAGUCCCGCCACCGGCACCACCGUCGCCUGCGCCGCCUGCGCCGCAUCCCUGGCGCAGCAGUGGCAGGGCUUCCAAGCGGCCGGCGUGCCCGUCCUGCAGCGCCUCUACGUGGUGCCCUUGGACCCCGCCGCCAAGCCCUCCACGACGGCAACCCCUCGGCAAGAGGCCUGCUACCUGUGCGGGGAGGAAUACGCCGCUGAGGAAGGCCGCCCCGUCCCGGCGAAGGUCCCCAACGGUGACGCCGAGGGCACCAUGCACUUCCCCUUCCUCCGCCUCCUGCCCUGCCCCCCCAACGCCAAGGGUCCCGACAAGCGCUGGGAGGUCCGCAGCUGCCCCAAGUGCUUCGGCGUCCUGUGCGACCUGUGGGCCAUGUACCGAGCAUCCCGCAACGAGGACUUCAUCACAUCCAUCCAGAGCUUCCUAGGCAGGUAUCACCGGGUCUUUGCAAGCACGGACACCGUCAUCCCCGCCAGGCACUCCGUUUUGGCCAAACCGGGCCCGGCGUCUAUUUGUUACAUCUGUGGGGCUGAAUUAGGACCAUCACCGUCCAGUAAGGAGUGCCAGCUGAGCGUUAACCCUCCGGGCCGCUUUGGCGAGAAGGAGCCGUUCUUCCCCUUCCUGACGGUGUACCCGCCGGCACCGCGGGCCCGUCCGGCUGACUCCACGGGAAUCGUGUCGGCCUGUGUGUUGUGCCACCACGACUUGCUGGGCCAGUGGCUCCAGUACGAGAGCAGCCACGCUCCUCACCCCAGCAGCCCCUGGUCCAGGCAGUACAAAGUGGAGACCUUCGUCUGCUUCUUCUGCCGGCAGGAGCGGAAACGUUGCCUGGGAUUAAAAGCCGUCGAGGUUGCCCGCCUGCCCGUCUUCCUCUGCUCCUUCCGGGCGCCUGGUAGUUUGCUAGUGGACGACGGCAAGCGGCUGACCAUUGGAGCGUGCCCAGAGUGUGCCGCCCUGGUGCUGGCGGGCAAAGCGGCCGUGCCGCAGGACCUCCAAAAGGCCCCGGCCGCCUUUCCUUUGGAGGCUCCUGCGCUAAAACUCGCUGCGAGCGAAGCCACGCCGCGCACUUCGGAGGCCACGGCGCCAGGGAACGGACCCAUUCAGGAUCACAGGGCUGGCUUGGAUGUGGAAAGCCCAGCCCAGACAGCCACAAGCAUGAGCCAUGAGCCAAAGUCACCUUCGCUAGGGAUGCUCUCCACCGCGACCCGGACCACGGCCACCGUCAGCCCCCUGACCCCUUCUCCUCUCAAUGGCUCCCUGGUGCCCAGUGGCAGUCCGGCAGCCAACAGCACUUUGCCAGUCCAGUCCGCGCCCUCCUCCAGCUUUGCCGCCGCCCUGCGCAAGCUUGCCAAACAGGCCGAGGAACCCAGAGGGUCGUCAAUAAGCAGCGAGUCUUCUCCAGUUUCCUCACCGGCCACCAACCACAGCUCCCCUGCGAGCACGCCUAAGCGAGGACCGAUGGGGCCCCUCAUUGUCCCGCCAGGUGGACACACUGUGCCGAGCACGCCGCCCGUCGUGACCAUUGCACCCACCAAAACUGUGAAUGGCGUCUGGAGGAGUGAAGGACGGCAGCAAGAAGCUGGGUCACGAAGCUCUGCUGGAAACAGCAGCACGAACAGGGACCGCCUGAUCGCGGAGGCGCCGGUGCCGCAGGAGAAAGCCACUGCCCCGCCAGUUCCUUCUCACUUGCUUGGGACGCCUUACUCCUUCGGGAUCCCACCCAACUCCAUUGUGCAGGACUCCCGCUUCCCGCCUCUCAACAGCCUCCAGCGGCAUGUCCACCACGUGGUGCCUCCCAGUGCGGUCACGGAAGACUACCUGCGCAGCUUCCGUCCCUAUCACACAGCCGAGGAGCUCCGCAUGUCCUCCCUGCCUCCCAUUGCCCUGGAUCCGGCCACUGCUGCUGCCUACUACCACCCCAGCUAUCUGGCUCACCAUCCGUUUCCUCACCCGGCCUUCAGGAUGGAUGAUUCCUACUGCCUUUCAGCUCUACGCUCACCUUUUUAUCCAAUCCCGACUCCUGGUUCGCUUCCGCCGCUACACCCAUCAGCCAUGCACCUCCACUUGUCCGGCGUGAGGUAUCCCACCGAACUGUCUCACUCGUCUCUCUCUGCGCUACAAUCUGAACGCAUCUCCAGCCUGACCGCGGAGAGGUUGCAGAUGGAUGAGGAGCUGCGGCAGCGGGAACGUGAAAAGGAACGAGAACGGGAAGCCGAUCGCGAACGAGAGAGGGAACGGGAGCGGGAACGCGAGCGGGAAAAGGAGCUGGAGCGGGAACGAGAAAAGGAGAGGGAACGGGAGCGGGAGAGGGAGCGAGAGCUGGAAAGGCAGCGGGAGAGAGCCCGGGAGAAGGAGCAGAGCAUCGUCAAAGCCAUGGAAGGCCCCUUCCUCCCAGUCUUGGAGCUACAAGGGAUGAGGAGCCACCCACCGGAAGAGCGUGUCAAACCGACUGAGCAGCUAACGCCAAACCGAGCAGAGAAGCCCAAGGAUUCUUCUGCAAUCCAGACCCUCAAACCAGUCCAGCAUCCUUUGCACCAGUCUUCUGCCUCACACCACCCAGUGCCCAGCCUCAUUCCCAACCACAGCCUCUUCCCUUUGCCCGGAAGCAGCACGGCCACGGCCCUCCUCAUCCAGCGCACCAAUGAGGAAGAGAAAUGGUUGGCGCGGCAGCGGCGGUUGCGGCAAGAGAAGGAAGACCGCCAGUCCCAGGUCUCCGAGUUCCGGCAGCAGGUGCUGGAGCAGCAUUUGGACAUUGGGCGCCCACCUGGACAGAUGGAAGUCGAGCACCGGCCAGAGAACCUCCGAUUGGGACCAAACCGCCCUGAGCCAAGUAGCCGAGACCCACCGCAGCAUUUCGGAGGCCCCCCUCCCCUCAUUUCGCCGAAGCCGCAGCACCAUCCUGUCCCCACCUCGCUCUGGAACCCGGUCUCCUUGAUAGACACCAACCCCGAACCCCGAAGGGUGCAGGAAAGCCACCCUCUCCAAAGCCAUGCCAGCCAAUAUGAGCCCAGCCGGCAAGCCAUCCCCCUGGUCAAAGUGGAGCGGGUCUACUGUCCAGAGAAGGCGGAGGAAGGCGCCAGGAAAAGAGACGUCUUGGACAAGUAUCCGCCGAGCAGAGAGCCUGGAGGUUUGGAACACAGUAGCUUUGCCCACGGGCCCUUCUUAGCAGAACUGGAGAAGUCCACGCAAAGCAUCUUGAACCAGCAAAGGGCCGUCCACUCACAGACUGGACCGCUGGUUGACUGCUUGACCAGUAAACCCGCCUCACCUUAUAGGCAUCCUUUACCCCGGGCCCACGACCCCAUGUAUGUUUACGACGAGUUUUUGCAACAGCACCGCAAGCUGGUCAGCAAGUUGGACCUGGAGGAGAAGCGGCGGAGGGAGGCCCAAGAGAAAGGUUACUAUUAUGACCUAGAUGACUCCUAUGACGAGAGUGAUGAGGAGGAAGUACGAGCCCACUUACGUUGUGUUGCAGAGCAGCCGCCUUUGAAGUUGGACACCUCUUCUGAAAAACUAGAGUUCUUACAGCUCUUUGGACUGACCACUCAGCAGCAGAAGGAGGAACUGCUGGUCCAGAAACAGAGGAAAAGGCGGCGCAUGUUGCGAGAAAGGAGUCCUUCCCCACCGACGGUCCAGAAUAAACGCCGGACGCCUUCUCCGCGGUUUGUGCUCUCGACACGUUACAGCCCCGAUGAGAUGAACUGCAGCCCCAACUUUGAGGAGAAAAAGAGGUUCCUCACCACCUUCAACUUGACACACAUCACGGCUGAGAAAAGGAAAGAUAAAGAAAAGCUGGUGGAGAUGUUCCAUGCCAUGAAACAAAAAAGUGCCUCCAUGGCAGCAUCAGUGAAAAGUUUGCCACAGGACAGUCCUAGCAUGGUUCAAGCAGAGCCACAAAUACAGCCAACUGCAGUGGAGACAGAUAAACCAGGCAGCAUGGCCGCCAUUUCUCUGCCGGACACCCCGAAGACCGCGGAGCCCUGCCGAGCAGAACAGCUGCGGCCGCACGAGUUCCUGAGAGCCAAGGAGCCAGUUCCCGUCUCUGUUGAGAAGCCCAAGUUGAGCGACGGGCACACGGCCAAAAAAAGCCUGAGCAUCCUCAAUUACGUCCGGAGCUCUUUGCCGAAGGACAUCCCCGUGCCACUGUCACACAGUAUGAAUGGGAAGAACAAGCCAUGGGAGCCCUUCAUAGCCGAGGAGUUUGCACAUCAGUUUCACGAGUCGGUGCUGCAGUCCACACAGAAAGCGCUGCAGAAACACAAAGGCAAUGCAAUGGCGCACUCAGCCGAGCAGAACCAUAAGGUCGAUGCCUCCAUCCAUUAUAACAUUCCGGAAUUGCAAACCUCAAGCUGGGUGUCUCUGUCGCAGCAGAACGGCCAGAAAGCUUCCCAGCAUAAGGGCUUCAAUCUCCCAGAAAACGACAGGACAUCUGACUCUGAAGAAGAGGAGGAAGACGAAGAGGAAGAAGAGGACGAGCAGCCAAGACCCAAAUGGCACGGGAUUGAAGCCAUCUUUGAGGCUUACCAGGAACAUAUAGAAGAGCAAAACCUGGAACGGCAGGUUCUGCAAACUCAAUGCAGACGCUUGGAGGCCCAGCACUACAGUCUCAGCCUGACAGCAGAGCAGCUCUCACACACUAUGACGGAACUAAGGAACCAGAAGCAGAAGAUUGUCUCUGAAAGGGAACGACUCCAGGCUGAACUAGACCACUUGCGAAAGUGCCUUGCGUUACCUGCAAUGCAGUGGUCUAGAAGCUAUUUCAAGGGGUAUCCCAGGUGACACUCCCUUGCACUAGGCCGAACGUAUAGUAUAGAAAUAAUAAUAAUAAUAAUCUAUUUUAUUACCAGGAAUAUUUAAUAUUUUUCACUGGGAGGUUGUUUGAAGUUUAAAUAAAAUAAAAUGAAAGAGAAUGUGCCAUGCAUGGAGCAAAAGGAUUGUGUGUGGGAUCCAGGGGAAAGAAAGAAAAAAAAAACCCCAAACCCAUCUGCAACCGAAUCAAUCUUUUUUAAACAAUCUGCAAAUAAUAAACCCAAUUUAGAAGAGAUGUAGUUUUGGUUACACAUUUAAAAGGUUGUUUUCCUUCUGUUUCUUUCCUCUCCUGCCUUUUGUUUUGAAUCCAAAUGACACUAACAUCCCCCUCUCAACGGAGGGGCUGGAAUGAAUUAUUUUUCCUUUUCGUUGCCAUAUUAGUUCCACUGUUGUCCUUUGGGAUCUAUCCCUUUUCCUGCAAUAUACUGUUAUCAAUCCAAGAGGACACCAGGUACAUACACAUGUUUCUGUUAGGAUGAACUUGAUAAUUUUUGGAUAUACAAAUUGCAGAUUUACUAGCAGUAGCAGAAGACAAUGCCGCCCGCUUGCUUCCAAAACGUUGACUUCCCCAUGCAUCGAUCAGCUUUUGGCUGGAAAUGCACUUCACACAAAAAUAAAAAAGUGAAUAAACAAACGGAAGGUACCUUUUUAUUACCGGGGAGGGGAGGAGGAUGUACAGAACAGGGACGAUAUAUACGUACAGACCAUACACAUGUACCCCAGUGGGUGGAAAUUUUCGUACAAAGAUUUUGCAAUUAAAAAAGAGUUGAAAAAAAAAAGGUGCUUCAAGAGCCUUGUACUGUGUAUAUAUUUAAAAAAUGUUUUGUAUUGUUUUUAUUACUUUAAUUAUUGUUAUAAAAAAAGCUUGCCAUUUUCAAUAUGUUUCUGCUUUUCCUUUUUUGGCAAGGCACGAUAGCUUGCUUUUAGUGUUUGUACUGCUGCUGGUCAGGACAUGGAAAAAUAUUAUUGAAGUGUUUUCUUUUUAAAAAAAAAAAAGAGAGAGGAUUUUAAAGGAAAAGCUUUCCACUGGGGCACAUGCGCUCAACUUCUAGGUAUUUUGCAAUGUGUAGCACCACUUACUGAUAGGAGACAGUCAAUUGGUUUCGUGCAAAACCACGAAACAAAACAUAGGUUCCUCUUCCUUGUGCUUCUUUCCCUUUCCUUCUCCUCUCCUGUCUCAAACCCUAUUUUUGCAAUUUCGUAUCCUGAAUGUCAUAUCGCCUGCUGCUACUGAAAGAGCAAGAUCCCAAUAAGGUUUAGGAACACCAUGUAGACAAUACAUAGUGCUUCUUCAUUCUGCCAACCACCUAAACUGCCCCAUCACAGCGGAGCAUGGAUCCACUUUAAAUCCGGUUCCUUCCUCCUGCAGAAUUCUGGGGAUUGUAGUUUGGUGAGGCCCAGGACUUGUCUGGCAGAGCUCUUUAAAAGCCGCUUCUUAAAGUGGAUAUGAAGUGGAUCCAGUCUCUAGUGUGAUGAGGUCCAAAAUCACAACAUUAGGAACAUCAACCCUGUCAGGCCUCUUAAGAUCAGUUCAGAAACACCAAAAAGCUUAUGCAAAGGCCCUCCAGGUGUUUGGGACGUCAACUCCCACAAUCCCUAACAGAUGUUUGAUGUUUUACCAUCCGGUGGGAGGCUUCUCUCACGUCCCCGCAAUGGGAAGCUGGAGCUGACAGACGGGAGCUCAUCACCACCCCGCCCCAGAUUCAAACCGUCAAACGUUCGGUCAACAGUUCAGCUGGCACAAAGGGUUUAGCCCAUUGCACCACCAGGGGCUCAGUGACGAUGCCUGCCAUAGAUGUGGGUGAAACGUCAGGAGAGAAUGCUUCUGGAACAUGGCCAGGCAGCCCCAAAACUCACAGCAACGCAGUGAGUGUAAGCCUUCAACAACACAUAUAAAUUACAUUUUAAAUUUUAAAUAAUAUAAAUUUUUAUUAUUUUAAUAUGACACAGCAAACAAGAUAGAUAUGCUGGAUUUGCUGUGUCAUAUUAAAAUAAUUUAUUAUUAUUAUUUAUUAUUAUUAUUGGACAUAUCCUCCAACACUUCAUAAAUGAACUAUCAUCAUCAUUGUUUUUAUUCAUCUGUUAACUAUUGGGAGGGUAUGUCUAAUAAUAAUGAUAUGAACAAUAAUUACAGCCUGGAAAACUCACAGCAACCCAGUGAUUCCGGCCAUGAAAGCUUUAGAUAACACACUGAAUACAAAUUUCGUAACAAGCAAUUUUACCCCCCCCCCCCCCCCCGCACACCCAAUAAUCAACCAAUUGCCACUAUUAAUUUAACAUGGCAUCAUUUCACUAGGGAUGAGACAGACAUGCAAGGCUUGACUUGAAAAUACCUUGUUUGCAAUCAUAUGUUGAAAUAAAGUCAAAGCCUUGGUUUUUAAACAUGUCUUAUAGGGCUGCUUAACAUUUGGCUUUAUUCUCACAUAUGCUACAAAUCUUUUAUGAAGCAUAAAAGUAGGGAGUGCGCAGAUUUAGUCUCUAUCCCUUUCCAGUAAUCACGGAAUGAGUGUUUUCAAAAGGGACAAGCACAAAUCCCAAAUGCACACACCUUUCAUGUUUGAUAAAGGGACAACAAAUAAUUCAUAAAGUGAGAACCAGGCCUCUUUUCCCCCUUUGCCUUAAAUAUUCCACCGCACCAACUAAUUCUUACAGUUUGUAGCAAAAGCACAAUAUUUUGGACAGGAGAAUAUUUAUAACCCCAGUAUUUACAAUCAAAAAUUCACUCAAUUUUUUUGGCAAUUUUGUUGUCCGUUUGCUGUUGCCAUUAAGAUUUUUCUUUUCUUGAACACUUGACAAUGAGAGGCACAUAUGUAUGUUCUUGCAAGGCUAUUAUAUGACUACCUUUAAGAGACGCUUAGAAGCAGACUCGGCUAGUGCAGCUUCUUUACUCCAUGUGACAAAGUUAUACCUGCCAUAAUCCCUCUUUUCUAUGCAACUCGCAUGAAUACCAAAGCCCUGGCCACCCUCCAAAAGAAAGGAUAUCUAGCAUAACAAGUAGGAAAAACAGAAUUGCAAAUGUAUGGGCUUGUGUUAGAGAGAUUUUUGCCUAGCUGCAGCAUUUUCCCCACUUUCACAAGUGAUCCAUCACAGAACUAAACCUGCCAGUUCCUCUAAUAGUAUUCUGAACAUCCAUCCCUGAUGUAUUGAGACAAUCGGCUCUAAUGGGGCAUAAGAAAGAAGAGUAGGAAACAGGGAGAGUAAUUCAUGUUAUACUUUCCCAUCUAAACGACUGAGCAUCAACAUAAAUUUGCCUUUCUCGGAGAGAAAAAAUAACUCAUUACUGCCCUUUCACUGUUGUAGGAAAUACACCAAAAAUCAAAAUUAAGCCUUGCUGUAAACCUACUUCAUAGCUGAAAAGCAUUCAAACAUGGGACCAUAGCAGAACCCGGGUUACAAGUAGCCUCGGUGCUUCCUGUAACUCAGAUUCCAUUUCCGAACAGAAAAUAACAUUUACAGACGCGAACCAAGUAAGGCGAUAUGUGAUGUCAAAUACACCCAUUGCUUUAGGCCUUUUUUUGCCAAGUGAUAACAAAACAGAGAUGGCAUAGCACGAAGAGUUCUUUUAUUUUGAACCAAACUUAAUUUAUUUCUAAUCAAACCACACUUGACAUUCGCAUCCCUGCUUGGGAUAGAUUGUGGCACAGUUUGGCUGAUUGAUGUAAACAAAGGUUGCAAUAGCAGCAGCACCUUUCGAGUCAGCAUGAGACAUAGUUUCUGCCAAUGAGGGAAUGAAUGGGAGGGAAAGGGGAAAGAGAAGGGCAUAGGAAGAGGGAAGGCUUUGUACUCAUGGGCAAACUUGGGCCCUCUUUCCAGGUGUUUUGGACUUCAAAUCCCACCAUUCCUAACCGCCUCAGGCCCUUUCCUUUUUCCCCUCAGCCGCUUAAGCUGGAAAAGGAAGGGGCCUGAGGUGGCUAGGAAUGGUUCAGCACCCUGGACAGCUCCUUUAACAAACCGCCCAUGGUUCAGCACCCUGGACAGCUCUUUUAACACCCCAAAAACAUGAUUCAUAACCUUGGACAGCUCCUUUAGCAACCCAACCAUGGUUCAGCCCCUUGGACAGCUCUUUUAACAAACCAAACAUGAUCCAGCACCUUUGGACAGCUCCUUUAACAAGCCAACCAUGGUCCAGAACCAUGGACAGCUCCUUUAACAAACCAACCAUGGUCCAGAACCAUGGACAGCUCCUAUAACAAACCAGACUGGUUCAGCGCCUUGGACAGCUCCUAUAACAAACCAGACUGGUUCAGCGCCUUGGACAGCUCCUAUAACAAACCAAACAUGGUCCAGCACCUUGGACAGCUCCUUUAGCAAACUAACCAUGGUCCAGAACCAUUGACAGCUCCUUUAGCAAACCAAACGUGGUCCAGCCCCUUGGACAACUCCUUUAACAACCCAAACCUGAUCCAGCACCUUGGGCAAUUCCUUUGACAAGCCAACCAAGGCCCUCUAAUGUGGUUUAAUAAUGCAGAAAGCAAAGCAUCAAAGGGAGAAAGGUAUCACUUCCUGCGAUUCCUUGUUUUCUCCAAAUAUCCAAUAGCAUUCCAAGCUUUCACACCUGCUGUUAGGAAUGGUGGGAACUGCUGUCCAAAACACCUGGAGGGAAUGCCCAAGUUUGCCCAAUGCCCAUUUCUAAAACACAAUUGCACUAGUUUCUCUCUCAACUAAGUCAACUUUGGAAAAACAUUUGCAUCGCAUUGCUUACGCCUGAGCAAAAUCCAUCAUGUGUUGUUUUUAAGGACACACAUGAGAGCCAACGGACUUGAUUUCUGUAUGCAUCUUAUCUGCAAGAAUAAAGAAUGAAUGCACUAAGGCAGAGUUGUUUGGAUUCCAGUCAGGCUCCAGACAGUGGUUGGAUUCCAAUCCAGCUGCACACAAGCUGCAGCUUCCAAUCCAUGCUGCUUAAAACACACUCCCUUGUACGAUGCAAAAAGGUUACGGGUAUGCUAGUCAUCCCACCUUUUGUGCAACUCAUCUUGCAAGUGUUCUCUCCUUUUCUCCUAGCCUCAGUAGAUAAAAGAGUCAAUUCUUUCUGCCCCACCCCAUGCCCAGACUGCCUCAACCCACUGCUUACAUCCUGAACUCAACCCUGUUUGCUCAUCCCUUGCCCCAGGUCCAUGCCGAUCGGUUGUUACAAUACACAAGACUUUCUCGAGCAACUAAGCACAGAGCAUGAGGGGAGAGAAGCAGGAGGAUCAAGGCCUGCUGGGGCAGUUUAGACGCUGUGAGACAAAAAAACCUGUUUUAAGUGUACUUGUUUGAAUUAAAUGUAAUGUAAUAUAUUAUUUGUUGAAUGUAGUAAUUAGGUAUUUAUGAAUAUAUUGUUGUAAUUUCUGACAACAUCCAAAAAAUAAAAUGUUCCUAAAUCAUGACAAAA